CUCUGCACCAUGUCCGGAUCUGGCCCAGCCACGGCGUCGCUGGAGCCAGGCCUCACCGGGUCCCUGAACCGGGGCCAAGCCCAGACUUAUGGCACCAGUGGGAGCCCAGUGACCCUGCAGCACCCCAGUAUCCAGGACCAGACCUACCUGGAUGAACGCAUCAGCAUCCCCAAGGGCGGCGGGCCCGGCUUCAGCUUUAGGAAACUCUGGGCUUUCACCGGUCCAGGCUUCCUCAUGAGCAUCGCCUACCUGGACCCGGGCAACGUGGAGUCAGACCUGCAGUGCGGGGCGGUGGCGGGGUUCAAGCUGCUGUGGGUGCUGCUGUGGGCCACCGUCCUGGGGCUGCUGUGCCAGCGCCUGGCCAUCCGGCUGGGAGUGGUGACUGGGAAGGACCUGGGCGAGAUCUGCUACCUCUAUUACCCCAAGGUGCCCCGUGUGCUGCUGUGGCUCAUGAUCGAGAUCGCCAUCAUCGGCUCUGACAUGCAGGAGGUGAUCGGGACAGCCAUCGCCUUCAGCCUGCUCUCAGCCGGACGCAUCCCCCUCUGGGGGGGGGUCCUCAUCACCAUCGUGGACACCCUCUUCUUCCUCUUCCUCGACAAGUACGGGCUUCGCAAACUGGAGGCUUUCUUCGGCCUCCUCAUCACCAUCAUGGCCCUGACUUUUGGCUACGAGUACGUGAUGGUGAGGCCGCGGCAGGUGGAGGUGCUGAAGGGCAUUUUCCUGCCCUACUGCCCAGGCUGUGGGCGAGAGGAGCUGCUCCAGGCUGUGGGCAUCGUUGGCGCCAUCAUUAUGCCCCAUAACAUCUUCCUCCACUCCUCCCUGGUCAAGACACGAGACAUCGACCGGUCCAAAAAGGAGGCAGUGCAAGAGGCCAACAUGUAUUUCCUGACUGAGUCCUGCCUGGCUCUCUCCAUCUCCUUUCUUAUCAACCUCUUUGUCAUGGCUGUCUUUGGCGAGGCUUUCUACCACCAGCGGAACGAGGAUGUGCACAACAAGUGCAUCAACAGCAGCAUCAGCCGCUACGCCGGCAUCUUCCCCACCAACAACGAGACAGUCUCUGUGGAUAUCUACCAAGGGGGCGUCGUCCUGGGCUGCUAUUUUGGGGCAGUGGCACUGUACAUCUGGGCCAUUGGGAUCCUGGCAGCGGGACAGAGCUCCACCAUGACCGGGACCUACGCGGGGCAGUUCGUCAUGGAGGGCUUCCUGCAGCUCCGCUGGUCCCGCUUCGCCCGGGUGCUCUUCACCCGCUCCUUCGCCAUCCUGCCCACCGUCUUCGUGGCUGCCUUCAAGGAUGUCAGCCACCUUACGGGCAUGAAUGACCUGCUCAACGUCCUGCAGAGCAUCCUGCUGCCCUUCGCUGUCCUGCCUGUCCUCACCUUCACCAGCCUGCGCCCGCUCAUGCAGGACUUCGCCAACGGCCUCCCGGGGAAGGUGCUGAUGACCCUCAUCACUGGGCUGGUCUGCGCCAUCAAUGUCUACUUCGUGGUGGACUUUCUGCCCACACUGCACAGCCUGGGCUACUACAUCCCCCUGGGACUGCUGUUGGUCGCCUACGUGGUCUUCAUCACCUACCUGAUCUGGACGUGCAGCAUCGCACACGGAGCCUGGUUCCUGGCCAGGGGCCACCAUGACCGGUUCAGCUUUGGUGUCUCCCUCGACCCACCGGCGCUGGCAGCGACCCGGUGACAGACCCCGUCCCCCCCUCCCUGUCCAGCAUGGCCCCCCCGCACUGAUUUGAUGCCACACCAAGCCCGCAGCUGAUGUUCUGGCCAGACAUGCGCCCAUCAAGGAAUUGGUUAACAUCCAGGCAGCCCUCCCCACCAAGUUUUUAGACUCCCUCGCUCCCACCCCAAUUCAGGAGUACUGGUCCAGGCUGGAUGCGGGAUGGGAAGAGUGCAGUGGGAAGUGCCCCCAGCCCUUGGAACAGAGGCUUCCGUGAAUGAGCCGCCCCGGCUCAUUAGUGCCGGGAACCGCCGGCCCCCGGGACCGCUAAUUACCGCCCGGGACCGCUAAUCACCUCCCAGGACCGCUAAUCACCGCCCGGGACCGCUAACCAACCCUCACCGCCCGCGGACGGCGGGGCCAGCCCCCGGGAAGUCGAGGCCGCCAGCCCCAAUGCCUGGAACCGGCUCCAGCCCCGGACCCGAGCCCCACGGGGGGGUCUUAAACUCGGGGGGGGGGACACGGCUGAUAAACGGCGUGUUUGUGA